UUCGUCUGCUGCACUACCCGCCUGUGUCCCGGGAGGUCUUCCGCAACAACCCGGGCCAGGUGCGCGCCGGCGAGCACACCGACUACGGCUCCGUCACGCUGCUCUUCCAGGACGCAAGGGGCGGGCUGCAGGUGCGCAGUCCCAAGGGCACGUUUGUCGAUGCCGUCCCGAUUCCGGACACGGUCGUCGUCAACGCCGGCGAUCUGCUGGCUCGCUGGUCUAACGAUAUCAUCAAGAGCACCCGCCAUCGCGUCGUCGAGCCGCCGGAUGGCAGUGAUGAAGAGUCGGGCAUGUAUCCUGCUCGCUACAGUGUUGCAUACUUUUGUAACCCCAACAUGGACAGGUUCAUCGAGGCGCUGCCGGGCACGUAUGGCGAGGGGAUCGGAGAGAAGAAGUAUGAAGGUAUCAAUUCGGGCCAGUAUCUCGUGCAGCGGUUGACAGCUACCUAUUAG